AGUGUAAUGACACUUUUUCCAUUAAUAUGUUUAUGAACAACUGAAAAAAACACAAAUGUCAGGGCAUGUCAAAACUUCUCCAGGCCCCAAAUCAGCCUCAGACUCCAGAGGGUUAAAUCUGUAAGGGGGAAAAGAUACAUGCUAGUGAUAAUAGAUCGAUUUAGUAGAUGGGUGGAAGCAGAACCCUCAGCAGAUCAAGGAGCUAAGACAGUAAUCAGAUUCUUGACCAGAGAGGUUAUCCCAAGAUUUGGCAUUCCAUCCCAGAUUAGUUCUGACAAUGGCUCAGCCUUCAUUCAAAGAACAGUAAAGGCAGUAAUACAACAGCUACGAAUCAAGCAGAGACUAGGAUGCAUAUAUCACCCUUCCUCUCAGGGUAUUGUGGAGCGUGCCAACGGCACCCUCAAGGCCAAACUCAACAAGAUUUGUGCAGAUACAAAACUUAACUGGGUAGAUGCGUUACCCCUUGCCCUUAUGAGUUACCACAUGCAAACUAACAGAGUGACAAAUCUGACUCCCCAUGAGAUGUUGACAGGGAGACUCAUGCCUGCGCCCCAUUUGAGAGGCCCAUAUGAAGGACCACCCCUAGAACAGCUUGAGACUGAAAUAAGGGCCUAUAUGAGACAAUUGACUGCCAUACAUGAAGCCAUACAUACUCAGGAGCAAAACAGGGGGCUAAGAGAGGAGGAAGAGGCACCCUGUCCAGUGCUUCCUGGAGACCAGGUCUAUUUGAGAGUCUUUAGAAGAAGAUGGAAUGAGCCAAGGGUGCCAAGGCUGAGACGGAGAGAAGAAGAGGCAGAGAGUGCAGAAGAAGAUCCAGACCAAGAUGCGCAAGAAGGGGAGGGGCCAGGGGAUCCAGGUGAGGGAUCUAGUAAUGUUGUUGCUGAACCUUCUUCUAGGGAAGCUGAGCAACCUGAGACACGAGAUGAGAUGCGGGGACAGGAUGACGCCCCACAAGCAGGUGAAACUGGGGAGGAGGGUCUUGACAUUGACCCUGCUGCUGAUGUACCUGCUGAAUCAGCUGCCACUGAUCCAGAGCCGUCAGGUGACCAAUCUCCUGAGGCAGGACCCUCCACCGGUGAACAACCUCAGCCAAAUGGAUUCCUCACCGAACUCCAAGGUAUUGACCUACCCACUGCAGACAGCGGAUCCCCAGCCAGUGACCUCCCAGGUCUCAACCUCACAGGAGACUUUCCCACCCUCAAUCUUCAAGACCUUGAGGAUAUCAUCGGAAGUGAUCCAACUCAAAAUGAUUAAUUCAACUCAAGGUACUGUUGUAAAUAGAUCUAUAAGGGAACGAGCUGCAGACCUGAAUGACACUGACUAUGAAGGAUUAGAGUAUGAUAUGGCUUUGGAAAUGCAUAAAGAAAAACUGUUGGACAUUGCUUAUCACAAUGAGUGGUAUAAGUGGGCAGAAUAUACUGCCAAACAAUCAAAGAAAAAGACUUGUUUGUUGUGUUCGCCGUCUCCCUUAAAAAAGUUAACAGUGGUGCCUGAUGAAUAUAGCUUUGCUCAUUGUGCCAGAUUUUACUCGAAUUACUGUGUAAAUAUUUCAGGGCGAGCUAGUCCCUAUUGCCCUGCAGAGUGUCUGCCGUUGCUGGGAAACAAAUACUACCAUAGGUACUAUGAGGAGGAAUAUUGGGGAGAUGAAUGUAGAAAAUUAGAUGUAAGAAUUGACCUAAGGUGAAGAGAAACUCCCAGUAACUAUGUUUUUGAUCGAACCUUAAUAUAUGAAUGUUUCAACAAGUCAAAAGGGGAUGUAGAUUAUGGAAGCUUUCAAGGACAGUGUGGAAUAAUUUGGCACUAAUUUGGGACAGGGACAUGUAUUACAAAUCAGGUGUACAUAAAACAUAUAGUGUAAUAUAUGCUACAGCUACUGUAAAUAUUGAUAUGCCAGUAGUCACAACUAUGGAAGCUUGUGAAAUGCCACACUGGCCUUUCCAUUGAUAGAUCAAUUUGAGAAAAUAGAUGAAGCAAUUGCUGAUCAUUUUUGGAUAUGUGGAGGCAAACGAUUAAGAGCCACCUUACCAAAAGGGUGGAAAGGGAUAUGUGCUAGAGUAAGACUAGCUCAAGAAGUAACAAUAGUUGAUUGGGACCCGGAUGAUGAAACACCAAGCCAGCAUGUGACUCCCGGACAUAGAGCCAAGAGAGCAUACAAACCAGAUCCUAAUAUAAUAAUAGAUGCGAUAGACCAACCUAGAGGCAUACCACAAGAAUUCAAGGCAAGAGAUGAAGUAAAAUCAGGAUUUGAGUCUAUAUUUGUUUGGAUAACCCCAAAUAAGAAUGCUGAAUGGAUUAACUACAUUUACUAUAAUCAGCAAAGAUUUAUUAAUUACACAGAUGAUGCUCUGAUGGCUCUGGGAGAACAACUGAAAUACACCAGUAAGAUGACCUGGCAGAACAGACAGGCACUUAAUUGGCUGCUCGCAGAGAAAGGUGGGGUUUGCGUGAUGUUUGGAAUUGACUGUUGUACCUUUAUCCCAAAUAAUACAGCAUCUGAUGGAUCCUUUACCAAAGCCAUGAAGAAGCUAAAGAGCCUGAGAACAGAAGUCACUGUAAAUGCUGGAAGAGACAGAAAAAUUGGAGAAUGGUUUGACUCUCUUUUUGGCUCAUGGAAAGAAUGGCUAGUAAAGGUGGGAAUAAUAAUAGCAGUUGCUCUUGGAAUUUUUGUGCUGUUGUUCUGUUGUGUGUUACCUUUUCUCAGAUAAAUGAUGGCGAGUGCAGCAGCCAAGCAGAUGGUGAAUGUGUCUGUAAAACAAUCUGGGGUUGACAUUGGAUGCACCACAACCACUGGAAGGUAUCCAAUAGGUCCAGGUCUCGAUGAGCUGGACGAAUUCCCAUGAAAAGAUCCCUAACUGGGGUGUAAUGGAAGGGGUGCCACUUUUUUAUUUUUGACCCUGAAUUUAAUGCUGUUUUUGAUAGAGAGGGAGGUAGUCAAGAAAACCCCCUUCCAAUUUUUAUUUUCAUUUUUGUUUUUUCCAUUAUUAUAAAAUACCUGCACAUUAUUAAAUAUCACUUUAAAGAAUGAGAGGGGACAAAUGAAGGUCAGAAGCAGGCCAUCAUCCGGCACACCACCGAGGGAUGAUGCAACCCGAUUAAAAAGAAAAGAAUAUGAAAGUUUUUCUGUUUUUAUCAUUUAACUUCUAAAAAUUUCACUUUUGAAUGUAAUGUGCACUCACGUUCCACUGGUGAAAAGAAGAAGGAUCGGCGAGCACCUCAGUGCUUAGCAGCAAGGGCUGACUCUACUGGUGGUUUAAAAACCCGCUGUCAGUCCCAACUCCAGAUAGUACCUUAGGCAGGUCCAGGUACCUCUGGCAACGGUGGAGCAGCCCAGAUAGCGCUCCAGGCCACCGGAAGCGCCUGAGAGUUCCUCUGGCAUCGUGGAACUAUAUAUACAUAUAUAUGUGCAUUCUACUACUGCCAUUAUUCUAUUACUGUAUGAUGUAAUCACUGAAGUGCAUUAAUCUACUGAUAUAACCAAAGCUUGUGAAUCAAUUAAAAUGUGAAGAAGUAUCCCCCUAAAAGAAGGUUUUAGGUAGGGAGAUGGGAUCUUUUACUCCUCUCUAGCCAAACAAAGGGGGGAGAUGUUUGGUCUCAUUCUCCUCUGGAGUGUGUCCCCAUGGGAAGGUCACUUGGUAGAAAAAGAUGGGUGACUAUUCUUGGUCACUAAGAAAGAAGAAGGAAACAGGCUGACCUAUGAGGACAUGCUCUGGGAUAAGGGCAUAGAGGUGGGGCUAAAGAGAGCCCCAAAGGGGGGAUGUGUUGGGAAAAUUCAUUGAUUAUUAACGUAUUACCAGUAGAGAAUAGCUUGUAUGAAAAACACUGGAAAGCACCGGGUUUUCUGCACAGAGAGCAUCAAGUGUAAAUGAAAUAUAAGUGUAUUCAAUGCAAAUUACAAUAGCAAGUUGUGGAAAGUACCAAAGAAACCAUUAAAACAUGUUUUUUAAAAAAUAUAGCGGCUGGCGAUCUGCCACCAUUAAAAAUAAGACUAAGGAGAAGUCAUAGAUAAUAGUGGCAAAAUGCCAGGGUGGAGCUAAAAGAAAAAGAUAGCUAGAGGAAUCCUCAUUGGAUCUGUAACGAUAAGAAAAACAUAUAAAACGAGCUGAUUAACGCUGUUUAGAUCAGAUGUGAUGCCUGAUGAGAAGCUGACAUCUCACUUUGUUGCCUGGCAAUAAAGAAUAUCUUUUGAGGACCUGGAA